GUUAGGGUUAGUCAUGAUAUAUCCCACUGCACACAAGGUUAUCUCUCUCUUUUUUAUUUGCACAUAAAGUUGGCUUCACCCUUAUAGCUUUCUCUCUUCUCGACUUUGAAAGAGUACUAGUGAGUAGAGACUAUUUAUAAAACUCCAGGAUCAUCAAAUUAGGGUUUCCUUGAUUUCCAAAUUAUGAAGAAACGCCAAGCGGUAGUGAAGGGUAGAGAUGGGGCUAAUGGAAGAUCAUCAGCUGGUUCUACUACAUCCUCUUCAGUGGUGACAAGUGUUAAGUAUCGUGAGUGUCAGAAGAAUCACGCGGCAAACAUCGGCGGAUACGCGGUGGACGGAUGCAUGGAAUUCAUGGCAAGUGGAGAAGAAGGCAUAAAUGGUGUCCUUACUUGUGCCGCUUGUGGCUGCCAUAGGAAUUUCCAUAGAAGGGAUGAGGAAACUGAGGUUGUUUGUGAGUAUUCACCACCUACUUCUUCUUCUCAUCGCCGCUAGAUCGAUUAAUCACAGAGCAAACCAACCUUAGAUUGCUGUAGAUCGAAACAAAUACUCUAAAAAAGAUUGGAAGAUUUUAUGUUUAUGUUUUUCAUUUUGGGAUUGUUUUUUUUUUCCUCGGAUUUGAGAUUGAAUGGAGAAACAAAACUAAACAAAGGCUCUGUAAUUCCUUGGUUGGAAAUUAAAGUGUGUGAAGAUAGUAAAAUACAAGUGUACUUCAAGUUCUAUAGUGUUCUGUGAAUAUGAAUGAGAAUUUGAAAUCUUUUAUCCUUUC